AGAAAGAAACAGGCGCACACACAUAUAUAUUAACUCAAAACCAUUGAAACAAAACGUAGUAAGUAUGCUUUGAAAUUAUCCAAACGUCAAUUGCCAUAUAUCUUACCAUCAUGGCACUUGACACCGAGUAGAUUCAGAACGACCCACCAAAAAAAAAGAAAAACGAAAAACAAAAGAAACUGUCAACUACCCCACAACCAAGAUUCAUUCUUGCAACUACUCUUUUUUUGUUUUAUUAUGACAUCCUGGCUUUCGUCAAAUGCAACCUCCUUUUGUCCUCCUUAGAAUCUUCAAAUCCAGAAAAUGGUUUUUUUCGUAGCCUACAACGACGUCGUCCCGUUUGAUUGCUCACAAGAUUAGAUCAUAGAUCGUAGAAUAUUUGGGUUUUUUCUUUUAUUUAUUUUUUUGGAGGGAAAAAAAGAAAACUAAAGAGAAAUGGAUAGUUCAUUAGGAACCGGUUUUAUGGCGGUUUUUGCAGCCUCGGGCAGCGUGGUUUUGCUCGCCAUGCAGGUCCACAAACGCCUUCUCUCCAAUUUCAUGAAGCAGAUGGAAUUCGAGUUCAAGAAUUCGACCGUGGGGGUGAAGGAUGAGCCGAAGAAGAAGGUGAGAUUCGCGGACGAAGAAACAGUGGCUGAUCAGAGAUCUUGUGGGAAGAAACACAUGUCAAGGCCUGCGGCGGCGGCGGGGGCGGCCGCCCGGUAUAACAAUAAUGAGAAUUUGGAGGGUAUGCCCCAGAAUUGGCAAGUAAUGUACAAAGGGAUUUUACAGUGCAGGAACCUUAGGGGGUAUAACUAAUUAAUGUUUUUACAUCUACUCCUAUUGUCUUCUGUUUGCUGAAGCGGCGGCGGCGGCCGUUGGAGAUCCUUAACUUC